GGAGCCUUUCUGGGAGCCGGCUGGAGAUGCUCUAAGCAUGCUUGCUCGCUGAUGGUCACACAGAGCUGGUCCGACUCUAAACCUCCUUUCCUGCUCACCGGCCUGCUAUUGGCUGAUUGUGGCAGGAGCUCAUUUGUUGAACGAAGAUAUCAAAGUUUGACGCGAAAAGAGAAAGAACAUGAUCGCGUGCGCACGCCAAAACGACUCCACAAGUCCAACCCCCAAGGCCGAUGAGAAUAUUCCACCCCAGCUGUGUGGUUCAGGAGUGUACUAUUUGAACGCAACGGAGAGGCAGUCCUCCUCAUCAUUUCGUAGCACAACAGAACAUGCAUAGCGGCGUCGGAUCAGCGGCAAGAAACCGCCGCGACGCUCUACUUUUCCUCCUCGAUCUUUCAUCUUGACCUUCACGCACACCCUACAAAACGAGACGAUACAUAGGUGCUAUCUAUAGUCCAUCUUCAGCUAGCUAGAGGUCGAUCGACCAUGGCGAUCGCAUUGGCAGCCUUCCUGCAGCUGCUGCUGCUACCGCUCCUCUCCCUCGCCGCUGUCUUCCUCCUCCAUGCCCGUGCGUCGUGGAGACUCCACAAGGGGGCGGCGCCCUACCCGCUGCUCGGCCACCUGCCGCAGUUCCUGGCGAACCGGCACCGCAUCCUGGACUGGGUCACCGAGGUGCUCGCGCGCCAGCCCACCUGCACGCUCGUCUUCCACCGCCCGGGCGGCGAACGGGGCGUCAUCACCGCCAACCCCGCCAACCUGGAGCACGUCAUGCGCGUCGCCUUCCACAACUACCCCAAGGGCCCGCGCUUCGCGUCGGCGCUCCACGACUUCCUGGGCCGGGGCAUCCUCAACGUCGACGGCCAUGCGUGGCGCGCGCAGCGCAAGGCCGCCAGCUACGAGUUCAACACGCGCUCGCUGCGCCUCUUCGUCGCCCGCACCGUGCACCGCGAGCUCCACGGCAGGCUCCUCCCGCUCCUGCGCCGCGCCGCCGGCUCCGGUUGUCGGCUCGACCUGCAGGACACGCUCGAACGAUACGCCUUCGAUAACAUCUGCCGCGUCGCCUUCGACCACGACCCCCGGCAGCUCCCGGACGGGGACGCAGCCGAGAGCGCCGCGACCAAGAGCACGGCGAGCAGCAGGUUCGCCGACGCGUUCCGCGACGCCGCCAAUCUCAGCGCGGGCAGGUUCCGUUACGCCGUCCCGGGGCUGUGGAAGAUAAAGAAGGCGCUCAACCUGGGCUCCGAGCGCCGGCUCCGCGAGUCCAUCGCCGUGGUGCACGGCUUCGCCGACGGUAUCAUCCGGUCGCGGCGGGAGGAGAUGCGCAUGGGCUGCGAGAAGCAUGACCUCCUGUCGCGGUUCAUGGCGAGCCAGCAGGGCGAGGGCUACACCGAGACGGCCCUCCGCGACGUGGUGAUCAGCUUCCUGCUCGCCGGCCGGGAGACCACGUCCUCCGCGCUCACCUGGUUCUUCUGGCUGCUGUCCUCGCGCCCGGACGUGGAGCGCCGCAUCCGCGACGAGGUCGCCGCCGUGCGCGCCCGCCGUGCAAUCUCCGAUCUCAACCGACCCGGGUUUGACCUGGACGAGCUGAGGGAGAUGCACUACGUGCACGCGGCCAUCACGGAGUCGAUGCGGCUGUACCCGCCGGUGCCGGUGAACUCGGUGCAGGCGCGGGCGGCGGACGUCCUCCCGGACGGCACGGCGGUGGGGGCGGGGUGGUUCGUGUCGUACAACGCGUACGCGAUGGGGCGGAUGGAGUCGGUGUGGGGCGAGGACGCGCGGGCGUACCGGCCGGAGCGGUGGCUGGACCCGGUCUCGGCGGAGGGGACUUUCCGGCCGGAGAGCCCGUUCCGGUACAUCGUGUUCCACGCGGGGCCGAGGAUCUGCCUCGGCAAGGAGAUGGCGUACAUCCAGAUGAAGUCCAUCGUGGCGUCCGUGGUGGAGGAGUUGGAGCUGGCGGUGGACGGCGGCUACACGCCGCGGCAGGUGGCCUCGCUGACGCUGCGGAUGGCCGAUGGGCUCCCGGUGAGGGUCAAGGCUAGAGCCUAGAAGGAACUGAGUACCAUUACGUACGACUGCUAGGACAGGAUGGAGGGAAAAUUCUGCUUUGAACAAGAUUUUCCCCCGUGUAGUGCAGAAGAACGUCCGUGAGUCAAAGAUGAAUUCCGUGUCCAAUAAUUCUAUUUCUUAGCUACUAGGUACUGUUUAUCAAUUCCAAUGGCACAUCUAGGACUUCAUGAACAGAGAUGCUAUACCUUUGUGUGUGUGUGUGUGUGUGUGUGUGUGAAUAUACAUUAAAACUAUAUACAACAUGUGUGUAAAUUACAUUGGAGUCCGAAAUUUGUGCUGUUAUAUGCUUAUUCUUUUAUGUAUAUUAUUACAAAAAAAUGUAAUUUCACUGCAAAGUUGUGUGCAAGUUUUUUUUUUUCAUUUCCUUUCUUCUUAAAGGGUAAUCCAAUGCACCCUUCUUUAGAAAAUUUUAUUAUUUUGAAUAUGUUUCAUUUUUUUAUUUCUAAGGGUAUUAUCAAUGCUAAUUCAUUCCUUCUUAGAAAGCUUCUUUUUUGAAAAGGGUUUUUAUCAUUUAUGCCAUCAGUUGUGUCCCACUACUCAGUUUUUUCACUAGGAUUUUCAGCUGCUCAAAAGUGCCAUCGCUUCGUUAGACACAUGCUCAAAAAUGCCAGUGGACACCAUUAUUCUGAUCUCAAAUCUCUUUUGCCAUGUUAUAAUGACAUAAAUACCUAGGGACCAACAUGCCAACUCUCCCUCUAUCUCACUACAAUCAAGUGUGGGCCCACUUGAUCCCAACAACGUCCUUAUUUUUCUGUAAAAUCAUUCGCUUGCUUACUCCUCACAAGUAGGGCUACACUUAUCAAUGUGAGAUAGAGAGAACUGACAUGUGGGUCUAGGCUUAUUUUUGUCAUAUAACAUGGUGAACGGGUUUGACGUGAAAAUAACAAUGUCUAAUGGCAUUUUUGAGCAAACAUCUAACGGAACGAUGUCAUUUUUGAGAUACCUAAUGGCAUUUUUGAGCAAGCAUCUCACGGAUCGAUGACAUUUUUGAGAUACCCUCACGUGACGGUUCAAUAAUCCUCUAGAAAUAUCACAAAUUCAACAUGUGCAUGGGGUAAAUUUCUAGAAGUGCAAGAUGUUUCCUGUCUCGGCCGCAGGGCAGCCCACCCUAAGCCUCUGCGUGCGAUCGUCGUGGUGGUGGGCGGGGCGGUGCCUUGGUGUCGAGGGUGCUUCCUGACAUGGCGCCAAGCGGUGCCCCGGGGUCCUGGUUGCUUCCCGGUUGGUCCGUUUUGUUGGCCGGCGUGGUGUUGGGCGAUGAUGUGGAUGCCGUCGGUGUGUUGGAUUAUGCUCUCUAGUGUGUUGGAUUAUGCCGACGUCUGCAUUGUUGUGAUGCCCUUCGACUCUACUCGUGUCACACAAGCGUCGUGGCGUCGUCUCGACCGCAAGUGACCUUUCGGCUGCACCCACGACAUAGGUGGUGUCCACGGCAUUGUGUGGUCUCGGAUGAGCAUUGCCUUUUGAUUACGUUCAUGGUCAUUCUAAGGGUAAUAUCAAUGCCACUAAUCCAUUUCUUCUUAUUUUUUUAAAAAAUUCUACUAUUAUAUGGUUAUUCUUGCAUAUUAUAAAAACACAAUUUUUAUGUAAAUUAUGUGCAGAUUUCUUAUUAUUUUUAUUUCAUUCUACUUGAAAAGGUAAUACUAAUGCCACUAAUUCAUUAUUCUUUACAAAACUACCUUUUUAUUUAUUUUUAGUUUUGUUCAUAUAUUUUUUAAGGCGACACAACCACAAGUAUUAGAAUUUCAGAUCACUCGCAAUUUUCUUCUUUUGGUUACCGGGUCAAGGAUGGCUAGCCGUCGUGUAUUGCUCAUAGCGAGCAAUACCCUCGGCUCACUCGAGACCUCCUAUAGCUGCGAGUGUUUGGUUAACCACGGGAGACUCUGCAUGCAGUGAUCGGUAGCAGCGCAAAUAUUUUAAGAAAAAUUG